GUGCCUCCACUGAAGCCCAGAUGAGCUCAGCGCCGGUUUCUGCCAUCUCCAUCUUCACCGUGACUCUCUCUGGACCAGGAAAAUGUACGCGGCCGCUACGCUUCUCCUCUUCGUGUGCUUCGGCGCCAGCACCCACGCAGAUCAUCACCAGCCAUGUCAUUCACCCAACAUGACAGGAUUUAUGUCUGUGACGAAUCUAAAGGGUGAUGUGAAAGCUUUCGGGGCAUUCACUUACGAUUCGAUGGGCAGGAAGCUACGGUUCAGAUCGAACGAGAGCCACCCCACGAACACAUCACAAGCCUUGGACCUGUUGAUGUUUUUUGCUGAGGGGGUGUUCUAUGAGAUCGACACCAAAAACCAGAGCUGUGAGAAAAAAGCACUGCAGUGCACCAUGCAUCCUCUCGAUAUCCCCGAUGAUGCAACGUUCGCGUCCACAAUAAACUCUGGGAGUCCAACCAUCGAAGGAGAGGGUUUAAAACUCAACGUGUGGAAAGGGACGAUGCCAGAAAUGAAAGGACACUACUCCAUGUCUGUAACUAUGGGAUGUUUGCCUGUGAAUACGUUCUACUUCAGUGAAUCCACAUCACUGUUUUUCAGCAACACUGAUGUUGAAAGCGAGAUCAAGGAUCCAGAUCUCCUCCUGGUGCCUUCCUUUUGUCAUGGACUGCCUGAGGAGGAAACACCUGAAGGGACAGUAAACAGUUUCCUCAACGAGUUCAUAUAGAGGGAGCUUCACCGGCAGAACAAAUCAAACCCCUGUGCAAACGUGGCCUAUCAGAACUUUAGACGUUUCUCUCCUUUUCACAAGUGACCCUGCACUGCAUCACAACUGUUUCCAUCACAUCCUCCACUGCCCUAUGAAGAUAUGACUUUGAAUGGAUCAUAUUGUAAACCUGCAUUUUGAUGUAAAGGAAAGAGAUAUGACGCGGAUUGUAGAAGUAGUCAUACUAACAGUUGGUGGCUUUUAAAGUUUGUACCGCUUACAAAACCUGUAAGAUAUAAUUAAUGGAACAAUAAAAUGCCAAUGCUGUCAAA